AUGGCCGAGUCGCAGCUGCAGAAACUCAAAUAUGGCGAUGAGCUGAUGGAGGCUGCGGAGCAGAUCGCGCGCGGGAAGACGGGCCGCCCCCCUGCCCCCGUCCGCGUCCACUUUGAGGAGACGGGCAAGAUGAAGAACGCGUCAACGACACUUCUCCUGUGCAAAUUCUGCCACAAGGAGGUCGCGGGACGAGCAAUUUCCCUGGAAGGGCACUUGAAGAAGUGCCCGAACGCGCCUGACGAAGCGCGGCCGCCGAAAGGACCAAAGAAGGAGAAGAUUCCACGGUCCGCGUCCGAAAUGGCCUUUGGCAACACCCAUACAAAUGGGAAUGGCAACAGUAUUAUCAAAGGAGAACACAAACACGCCAUGAAGAAGCUAUGCACCGUCACAACGUCCAUGGAAGGCAAGUACCGAAACCUCCUUGUUCCCAAGCUCGCUGCAAUCCAGUCACUUCAAUUGAUGCUGCGCGACAAGCGAAGCACGCAUCUGCAGUUCAAACACCACGCCGACCGACUCAUGCGCAUCAUGGCUGAAGAAGCGCUCGCCGUGUGUGCCGUGGAGUUUGCGACAGUCUGGACCCCCAAUGGUAUGGAGUACUCUGGCAUGCGACCAAACAACAACCUGUGUGCCGUGUCUAUCCAACGAUCUGGUGAUUGCUUGCUCGAGCAAGUGUUGCAAUGCGACCCGUCCGUCUCCGUCGGCAAGCUGCUUAUUCAGCGCGACGAGACAUCUCCCGAGAAGACCCCGAUUUUAUUCUAUUCCAAACUUCCGCCACGUCUUCCCACGUACGAUCGUGUCAUGCUGUUGGACCCUAUGCUGGCGACGGGGGGCAGUGCCAUGAUGGCGAUCCAGCUCCUCCGCAACGCCGGUGUCGACGAAUCCAACAUCGUACUUGUCAACAUUGUGUCCUGUCCUGUUGGUCUCUCGUACAUCUUCGAAAACUUUCCGUCGAUCAAGGUUCUCACGUCCGCGAUCGACCCCGAACUGAAUGCGAACAAGUCGGUGCUUCCCGGCCUCGGCAGCUUUGGCGACCGCUACUACAACACAAUCAACUAA